AUUCUAUCGCAUGUACAUUUCCAACUAAUCUGCUCGCCACACAGUUAAAGAGACUCUAUGAGGUUAGAAGCCUAAGCUACUACGCAAAGAGUUGCUUACCAAUCAUGACCCCGUACUCACUUUUCUGAUGUGGUACAUGACGACAUAAAAGCUUUAAUAAGACCCCGAUAUUAGUGACUUCUCUCAUCGACUGGCAUCUUGGUCUUUGCCCCUCACCACAUCACCUCUUAGAACAACUCGAAGACUUCUCCGCGUGAAGCAAUGACAUCAUCGAUUGACUCAAGCACCAUUUUCCGUGUCGAUGGUUUGGUGGCCGUCAUUACUGGCGGAGGCAGUGGCAUUGGCUUAACCAUGGCACGAGCCCUCGCAUUUAACGGAGCACGAAAAGUGUAUAUCCUAGGCCGGCGUCUGGAGGUGCUGCAGAAGGCAGCCGAGGAGCACCCCAGCCUGAUUUCACAGCAGUGCGAUGUGACAUCGAAAGAAGAUCUGCAAUCUGCCGUAGACCGCAUCACGGCCGAGGUAGGUUAUGUGAACCUCGUCGUCGCCAAUUCCGGCAGCAUCGGGCCUCUAGCACGCUACAACCCAACCGCCUCUCUUUCAGAGCUGCGCCAGACCCUAUUCACCGAUUUCUCUAUGGAUGAGAUGAACGACACCCUACAUCUCAAUAUCACGGCGGCCUUUCUCACUAUGACGGCAUUCCUCGAGCUUCUCGACGCCGGCAACAGGAACGCGCUGCAAGGCGGCUUUGGAAAGCCCAUCACAGAGGGCAGCGGCGUCCCGUCGAUCCAGAGCCAGGUUAUCUUCACUAGCAGUAUCUCAGCCUUCAGUCGGCAUCAUUCAUCGUCGCCCCCGUAUUUGGCCAGUAAGGCAGCCAUCAUGCAGGUGGCUAAACACGCUAGCACCCAGUUGGCUCGGUUUGGGAUUCGGGUGAAUGCUCUCGCGCCGGGAGGUAUGUGUACCUUGCCGGUAUAACAAUUAUUGUUCAGUUUAGGGGGCUGAUAAGGAAUUAUUUGUAGUCUAUCCGUCCCAACUGGCUUCCGUCCUGACCCAAGACCGCAAACCGGAAGAGGAGACUUUCGAUGAUCCGAGGUUCAUCCCGGCCAGGCGGUUCGGUGGUGAUGAGGAGAUGGCGGGUGCAAUUCUGUACCUUGCUAGUCGGGCGGGUAGUUUUAC